AUUUCAGUACACAGCAUGAAUUAAUGAAUCUUAAUUCAUGGUUCACAAGAAAACAAGAGCCCAAUCAGCUGAUCGAGUGCCAUUUCAAUAUUGCUCUGUGCUUCUAUAGUGUCACAUACAUGAUAGGUAUUACCACAUAAUAUUCUGUGGUAUUACUGUAUUAGGUACAUAUUACAUUUACAUAGAAUAAAGAUAAGACUUAGACCAGUCCGUAGUGGCGUAGUCCAUACUCUGUAGUCUGUAUUCGUUUUGUCCGCUUACCGGUGAUUGGGCUGAUCGGCUGAGUAUUCGAGUAUUUCAUCGUGGUUUAUAUCAGUUGUCGUAUCGCAGGGGAGUAGUAGUAUAAUAUUAUAUUAUUUUUUGUUAUUAAUCACGAUUUAAGAUAGUCUAUCUUAAAUCGUGUUAUGAAAUAUGAAUUAAUAGUUGGUUGUUGGUAAUUAUUAUUAUCACUUAAGUCGAGCCACGGAAUGAUAUCAAUUAUGUAUGUGUCCUUAAUCAUGUAUACUAUAUUAUUAUUAUAAUUAUUAUUAUUGUAUCGUAUAUUCGUAUUAUAUUUUUGUGACUGUGUGUAAAUUAGUAGUAAAUACUAAAUAAUUGUUAUUAUUUUUAACGUUGUAUUAAGCGCGUAGAUAUUUAAACUACAAUUUUGUCGUCCUUUAUUUGAUGUGUAUAGGGUUUUAUAUUAGUUUUACAUAUAUAUUUUUUGUAUGCACGAAUAUAAUAUAAUAUAAUAAUAAUGUUGAAAUGGUUAUACUUAUAUAAUAAAUUAUAAUACGGUUUGUAUCGUGUGCACGUCAAUACGUGUAUAUAUUUUUGAAUGACCUGCUCGGCAGGGGGAAACAAUCUUCGAAGGCGGUGGGAAAAUCUACAACUACGACGGUCGUAAAGGAGGUGGUACAACGCGAAUACGCGAUAGCUUCAUUGACGACGAUUACGGAGGAACAACGACAACUACGGUCGGACGACCUGGACAAUGGUUUUUGUCACGUUUCACCACCGCGUGGGAGAAUACGUAAAAACUAAGGAGGAUAACGACGAAAAUAGUCGACGGCUGUGCAACGAAUUCUUAACAACCGUCGCUUUGAUGUCGCAUACGAUCGGGUGAAUGUCAAAGCGAAUAAAUGAGACUGCAGAUAAAUUCUUAACAAUAUAUGGCUAUGGAAACGCUUACAAGAGAUGUGCCAUCAAGUAUGCAACAUCAUAAUAAUUCAUCUAUUUCAAAUAUGAAACAUAGUUAUGUUCAGUUAUCCAAGACAUGCUUAGAUGAAGAUGCUCAAAUAAAUAAAAAAUUACCGAAAGAGCUUUUAUUACGAAUAUUUUCAUACCUAGAUGUUGUGUCAUUAUGUCGAUGUGCUCAAGUAUCUCGUGCUUGGAAUGUAUUAGCAUUAGAUGGAAGCAAUUGGCAAAAAAUUGACUUGUUUGAAUUUCAAACUGAUGUUGAAGGUCCUGUAAUAGAAAAUAUAUCUCGACGAUGUGGUGGUUUCUUGCGGCAAAUUAGUUUGCGUGGAUGUCAAUCUGUUGGAGAUGGCUCUCUAAAAACUCUUGCUCAGUGUUGUAAUUAUAUUGAAUAUAUAAAUCUGAAUGGAUGUAAGAGAAUAACAGAUAGCACUAGUCAAUCUUUAAGCCAAUACUGUAAGAAACUAUUGUCAUUAGAUAUUGGUUCAUGCUCUAUGGUGACUGAUUUAUCUUUAAAAGCAAUUUCUGAUGGUUGUCCAAAUUUGACCAGUGUUAAUAUAUCUUGGUGUGAUGGUAUUACAGAAAAUGGUGUGGAAGCCUUAGCACAUGGUUGUCCAAAAUUGAAAUCAUUUAUAUCCAAAGGCUGUACAAGAAUGACAACACGAGCAAUCAGUUGUUUAGCACAACAUUGUACACAAUUAGAAGUAAUAAAUUUGCAUGGCUGCAAUAACAUUGAAGAUGAAGCUGUGAUAAAGUUAGCCAACAACUGUAAUUCUUUAAAAUAUUUAUGUCUUGCAAACUGUUCUUUAUUAACUGAUAGCUGUCUUGUUUCCUUGGCUGAACAAUGUUAUCAGUUAAAUACCUUAGAAGUAGCUGGUUGUUCGCAGUUUACCGAUAUAGGAUUUUUAGCAUUAUCAAAAACGUGUCAUCUUAUGGAAAAGAUGGAUUUAGAAGAAUGUGUAUUUAUUACAGACUCGACUCUAUUUCAUUUAGCAAUGGGAUGUCCUCGGCUUGAGAAUUUGAGUUUAUCCCAUUGUGAACUAAUCACUGAUGAAGGCAUUAGACAUCUAAGUACUUCAACAUGUGCUUCUGAACAUUUGGCUGUACUUGAAUUGGACAAUUGUCCUCUUAUUACUGAUGCAUCUCUAGAACACCUUAUUAAUUGUCAUAAUUUGCAAAGAAUAAUGUUGUAUGACUGUCAACUCAUUACCAGAAAUGGAAUAAAACGACUUCGGACACACUCACCUAACAUAAAUGUACAUGCCUACUUUGCACCUGUAACGCCACCACCAUCUACUGGCAAUAGUCGCCAACAUUAUUGUCGUUGCUGUGCCAUAUUGUGAGCCUGGCUUGAAGGCCGGUCAUGCAUACGUAUGUGUGCUACUUGCCUGAAAUAUUUGGCGAACAUUUUGCAAUCAUUUGCCUGCUGUGUAUUAAAAUAUAAUAUUUAUUUUCUACCAUUCUUUUUUAUAAUCAUGGUAUUGUAUUGUUUAUUAUUAUAUUUAGUAUACGUACAUAGAUAGUGGUUAUAUGUUAAGCUCUUUAAAGAAAAUUUGUCCAUUUGGACUAAUAUAUUAUACAGGUUUAUGUAUUGUG